AUGUGCCAUGAUGCUAAAUGCACCAUCAAUAACCCUAGUAUUAAAUAUAAAUCUUAUCAUUCAGGUGAUCUCAUCAUUGGUGGCAUUAUUUCAUUGAUUUACAUGAUAUCUAACCUGAUCACCUUCAAAAGAAAUCCAUCUGAAGAGUUACUUGAUAAUCCUUUCUAUUUCAUGGCAUCACGGACAUAUCUUGCUUCUAUGGAGCUUCUUUCUUCACAUGACAGUUUCAUUCCCAACUACAGAUGUAACAUCCACCAAAAUUUAGUAUGUGUUCUUGCAGGACCCAAUUCUCAUAUCUCUCGAGUUAUGGCUGACAUAUUGAGUAUUUACAAGAUUCCACAGCUAACAUAUGGCUCUGCUCCAGUGAUUGAUAACCUAAUUCAAGAAGUCUUCUUCCAUCAUAUGUUCCCAAAUGAACAUCUUCAAAUUAUGGGAAUUAUCCAAUUGCUGCUGCAUUUUAGGUGGACUUGGAUAGGGAUAAUUUUUCAAGAAAAUGAGAUUGGUGAAAGAUUUCUGAGGGAGAAGCUUGUUCUAUUUUCACAGAAUGGAAUCUGUUUUGAUUACAUUGAAGAGUUUCCAACAGAAACAUUUUCAAAUGAGAUGGGAGAACUACUGAAUAAUUUUAUUGAAAUAUACAGAGUCAUUAUGACAAGUACCUCCAGUGUUGUCAUUGUAUAUUCUGAAAACCAAUUGAUGCCAUUUUUAAGAAUGAUUUCCUCUGUUUCGGAAAUUGUGGACACAGCAGUGGAGAAAAAAGACAAAGUUUGGAUUUUCCCGGCCCAGAUGGAAUACACUUCUGUCCCAUUCCAAAAAGACAGAAGUAUGGACUUCAUCCAUGGGGCUCUUUCUUUCACAGUUGCAUCAAAAGAAUUAUUAGGAUUCAAUAGAUUUUUUCAGAUGAGAAACAAUGUUCUAGAAGAGAAGGACAGUUUUUCAAGGAUCUUUUGGGAACAAGCUUUUGAAUGUUCUUUCUCAAAGUCCACUUUAAACCAAGAGUCGGAGAAAAGUUGCACUGGGGAAGAGAAGCUGGAGACCCUUCCAGAUUUUGUUUUUGAAUUGAGCAUGACUGGGCAAAGCUACAGUGUCUACAAUGCAGUUUAUGCUGUGGCACACGCUCUCCAAACCAUGCUUACUUCCUACUCCAAACACAGAGCAAUUGCUGGUACCCCUGUUUCAAAAAUGAAGGUUAUCAAUCAUCAAGUAUGGCAGCUUCACCACUACCUAAGAAAAGUCUCAUUUAACAACAGCCCUGGAGAAAAAAUUUUCUUUGACCAGAAUGGGAAGGUUGCAGCUGGCUUUGACAUUAUCAACUGGGUUACUUUCCCAAAUCAAUCCUUUCUUAAGAUCAAAGUUGGAAAAGUAAAUCCAUCAGCUCAACUAGAAAGCCUUCUCUCUCUAUCAGCAGAUAACAUUGUGUGGGCCAAUCUUUUUAAUCAGACUCAACCUCUUUCUUUGUGCAAUGAUCAUUGCUCCUUGGGUUACAGCAAGAUCAAAAUUGAAGGGAAACCUUUUUGCUGUUAUAAAUGCCUUCGUUGCCCAGAAGGGAAAAUUGCCAAUCAGACAGAUUCAGAUGACUGUUUCUCAUGUCCUGAAGAAAACUAUCCUAACAAGGCCCAGAUGCUUUGCAUUAAAAAAAAUAUAACCUUCUUGUCUUAUAAAGAACCCUUGGGAAUCACCUUGACAAGUGUAGCUUUCUUCUUUUCUUUGAUCUCAACCAUAAUACUGGGGAUCUUCAUUAAACAGCGGGACACUCCUAUUGUCAAAGCUAACAACAGGAUCCUGACCUAUAGUCUUCUAGUUGUUCUCCUCCUCUCCUUCCUUUGUACUUUGCUUUUUAUUGGACAACCUGACCAAAUAACAUGUCUCAUAAGACAAAUUGCUUUUGGCAUUAUCUUCUCUAUAGCAAUUUCUUGUAUAUUGGGGAAGACAACCAUAGUGGUCCUUGCUUUCAUGGCCACCAAACCAGGCUCCAGAAUCAGAAAAUGGGUGGGAAAAAGGCUGGCCAACACUAUUGUCCUGUCUUGCUCUUUGGUGCAAAUAACUAUUUGUAGUUUGUGGCUGGCAAUAUCUCCCCCAUUCCCAGAUUCAGACAUGCACGCCAUGCCUGAAGAAAUUGUCCUGGAAUGUAAUGAAGGCUCAGCUAUCAUGUUUUACAUUGUCUUUACCUUUAUGGGGUUCUUGGCAACCAUCAGCUUCACAGUGGCCUUCCUAGCCAGGAAAUUACCUGAUAGCUUUAAUGAAGCCAAAUUUAUCACCUUCAGCGUGUUUCUCUUUUGUAGUGUCUGGGUGUUGUUUGUUCCCACCUAUCUGAGCACCAAGGGAAAGUACAUGGUGGCUGUGGAGAUCUUCUCCAUUUUGGCUUCUGCAGCUGGAUUACUUGGCUUCAUCUUUUUCCCCAAAUGCUAUAUUAUUGUUAUGAGGCCUGAUUUGAACAGAAAGGAAAAGCUAAUAAAGAAAGAAAACUGA